AUGGAGGAAGAAUACCAGCUAUACCGAAGACCGAACGAGGUCAUGGACGGCGACUCAGACGAAGAGAUGACCACGGUCGACGAGGUCGUCGCCUCCUCAUCCACCCUCCCAGUAUCGCAACCUAUACCGCAACCAGCAACCUCCAGGACUCGCAAGCGAGCAUUACGGACACGUGCGCCAGCUCCCAUACACACGCCCACAAGCCCCAUAGACUCAAGCAUACCACCUAGUCUGCUCCCAGCAGCGCCCGCCUCCCCACCAACACCCGCACCGAGCCCGACGCCGAACCACCGCGCACCGGACUGGAGCACAGCGUCCGAACACGAAGACGCAACCUUCAGAAACGUGCGCGCAUGGUUCAGCGACAUGAACGACGCGGAGAAGGAGCGACUGCUGGGAGAGCUACUGAACAUGUGCAACAGCCACCAGCUAAGCUUCGUGCACGACUUCGUGAGCCCACGGCUAAAGAAAGACCCAUUCACGAGCCUGCCCAACGAGCUAUGUCUGCGAAUCCUCACCUUCAUCGACGACCCCACGACCCUCGCGCGCUCCUCGCAGGUCUCGAAACGCUGGCGCGAGCUCGUGUCCGACGACAUGGCCUGGAAAUCCCUGUGCGACAAGCACGCCUACCGCCGCCUCUCGAACGACUCUUCCCCGCCCUCGACCCCCCUUGGAGGACGCAAGCGGCGCACCCCUGACGGCUCGCCUGAUUCCGCGAGCUCGGCCUACCACCGUCACGCCGACCUCUACGGCUACCAGAACCGCUGGAACAGGCCGCCGGGGCUGAAGUCUGAGCCGAGGGUCACGACAUACCGGAGCCAUUUUAAGCAGCGGUAUAUGGUCGAGACGGCGUGGCGGAGCGGCGGGAAGGUGGAUUCGAGGAGCAUUACCCCGGACCAGGGCGUGGUGACGAGUCUGCAUCUCACGGACAAGUAUAUUGUCGUUGCGCUGGACAAUGCGAAGAUCCAUGUUUUCGACACCAAUGGCGAACAUCAGAAGACGCUGCAGGGGCACGUCAUGGGUGUCUGGGCGAUGGUGCCGUGGGAAGACGUCUUGAUUAGCGGAGGAUGUGAUCGGGAUGUGCGGGUGUGGAAUAUGAAGACUGGCAAAAGCGUCCACACCCUCCGCGGCCACACCUCGACAGUGCGCUGCCUAAAAAUGUCCGACAAAUACACCGCCAUCUCCGGCUCGCGGGACACGACCCUCCGCAUCUGGGACAUCCUCCGCGGCAUCUGCAAGCACGUGCUCGUGGGCCAUCAGGCCAGCGUGCGCUGUCUCGAGAUCCACGGCGACCGCAUCGUCUCGGGCAGCUACGACACCACGGCCCGCAUCUGGAGCAUUAGCGAGGGGAAGUGCUUGAGGACGCUCACGGGGCACUUUAGCCAGAUCUAUGCCGUCGCGUUCGAUGGGCGGAGGGUUGCGACGGGGAGUCUGGAUACUAGUGUGAGGAUCUGGGAUCCUAACGAUGGACGCUGCCUCGCUAUCCUCCAAGGCCACACCUCCCUGGUCGGCCAACUUCAGAUGCGGCACGACAUCCUCGUGACGGGCGGCUCCGAUGGCUCUGUGCGGGUAUGGUCGCUGACGGAGUAUCAACCCAUCCACCGGCUCGCGGCGCACGACAACAGCGUCACGAGUCUGCAGUUUGACGAUGCGCGGAUUGUGAGCGGCGGGUCCGACGGCAGGGUCAAGGUGUGGGACCUCAAGAAGGGGAAUCUGAUACGCGAGCUGAGUCAGCCGGCGGAGGCGGUGUGGAGGGUGGUGUUUGAGGAGGAGAAGGCGGUUGUGAUGGCGAGUCGGGGGGGAAGGACUAUAAUGGAGGUCUGGUCCUUCUCCCCACCCGACGACGCUUUCCAAGACCAGCUCCACCGCUCCGGCAGCCCGGCCAGCCUGCCCGAUCGUCUUCCAUCGGACCACAUGGUCGUAGACCGGGCCUCCGCGGCUGAGAGGCGGAGCCUGGAUACGUCGGACGUCAAUGUGUCGGAUGCGUUUGACACGGCGUGA